ACCAAGUAGCCUAUGGCUGGGGUAGGGCUGCCGUACACUCUGCGGAAGCAUUGGAAAAAAUCAGUCGCUGCUUCAGUUGCAUUCCUCUAUGGGUUGUCGUACGUUUCACGCAAGUUCAGAGAAAAUCUACAAAGGAGAAAAUUUUGCAGAGAAUCAAAACUGUAUGGUGAAGAGAUAAUACAGACUCCGACCAGUAGACCUCGCACUCUUUAUGUGUUUCUCAAUCCACACGCUUCCGGAGGGAAGGCCAGAAAACUGUUUGAAAAGAAUGCAGCGCCCAUAUUGCAUUUGGCAGGAAUGGAUGUUACUGUGGUUGAACCUUCAGGUCAUCAGCAACUUCGAAUGCUAAUGGAUUACAUCCCAGUUGACGUGGAUGGUAUAGUGGUGGCUGGAGGGAGAGGAACGAUGAUGGAGGUUGUCAGUGGUCUAAUGUUACGUAAAGACAAGGAAAAGUUAUCAAAUGUUCCAUUGGGAUACAUUCCUUUAGGAGGGAGUCAUAGCGAUAUCAUUGCUCUACUGGGAUUAGAUGAUAACAAUAAGGUGAUUGAGACAUGUAAAGCCACAUUAGCAGUAGUGAAAGGCCACACUAGAGUAGUGGAUGUAAUGCAAAUUGAGCCUGCUGGAAGCAAGCCUGUAUUUGCUUUGAAUAGUUUAGAGUGGGGAAUCUUAUCUGAUAUCAAUGAAAGGAUACCAAAAUUUUGGUGGACGUGGAAGAUGAGACGUUUUGCUGCCUGUCUUGAAGCUGUGUUGAAACGUGACUGGCCUCUUACGGCCGCUGUUAGAUUGCAGUAUCGCUCUGUACUGGAAUCUGUUACGAAUACGGCACAACACAAAGAGCUUGAGAUACGGUCAAGAACGUUGUUUGGCCAUCAGUUGUCAUGGCUGCCGACUAUCUCUGCUCAGAGCUCUGAUAUUGGUAUUUCCAGUGAGAACUCUGAGGACCGUGGAGGUGCAGAUACAUCAAACGGUUGUGCUGAAGAGCUGCUGGAAUGCGUCAGCGUAACAGUCCAGUGCAACAAAGCAGGAGUGUCACCUGGUCUUAACUUGUCUCAUUGUUUGGUGUCAGUAGAUAGACUGAGUCUUCUUAGCAAUGGGCUGAACCAAGGACAUCCAGAUUUGCUGCCAUUACAAGACUUGUCUGAAAUCAUUACAGUUCAGUUUACACCAGAUAGUCAUUUGUCACCCUGGAUGCGGAUUGAUGGUGAGGAAUAUGAGUCAAGGCCAGUGACAAUUCAGUGGCUGCCAGGAAGACUACAAAUGUUUCAUGCUGUACAGUAAUGAUUGCACCAUAAUAAAUGCUACAUAGCAAACAGAGCUUAUAGAAAUCACUGCAAGAAUGCCUGUUACGACUCUCUUCCCUUUCCUCCUGCUUCACGUAUACGUAUGUGUGUAGAAAUGUACAGACUGUCACUAUA